AAUAACCGACAUUCGAAUGACGAAAGUACCCCCACAGAUCUAAUAAGAAAGAAAAUAAUAUCUAAACCCUAUAUAUAUAUUGUAGCAACGUCGCAUCGAUGCGGGGGAGGAGAAGUCUCCACCGUCGCCACUGAAUUCAGAUCCAACCAACUAGCGUGGUUACUUUUCAAAGUAUGGGAUCGAGUGGGAGAGAUAAACACAAGAAGAAGAAGCGGAGAGAUGAAUCCGAGUCUGACUCUGAUGAUUUGUCUCCUCCCAGGAGAAGGAAGGGAAGCAGCAGCAGCAGUCGUCGACGCGCUCGUUCGAGUGAUGAUUCCUCUGAUAGCGAUGAUGGUGGACGGAAGAGUAAGAAGAGAAGUUCGUCUAAGAAGCCCUCUGAGGAAGAAAUAAAGGAGUAUAUGGCUAAAAAGGCUCAGAAGAAGGCAUUACGUGCAGCAAAGAAGCUCAAGACUCACUCCGUCUCUGGCUACUCCAACGAUUCAAACCCAUUUGGGGAUUCCAACCUCACCGAGACCUUUGUGUGGCGCAAGAAAAUCGAGAAAGAUGUUCACCACGGAGUGCCCUUGGACGAGUUCUCCGUCAAAGCUGAGAAGAGAAGACGCGGGGAGAGGAUGACGGAGGUUGAAAAGGUUAAGAAGAGGAGAGAAGAGCGGGCAGUGGAGAAGGCUCGUCACGAGGAAGAAAUGGCGUUGCUGGCUAGAGAACGUGCUCGGGCUGAGUUUCAAGAUUGGGAGAAGAAGGAGGACGAGUUCCAUUUCGAUCAGAGCAAGGUCAGGUCAGAGAUCAGACUGCGUGAAGGACGGCUGAAGCCAAUCGACGUCCUCUGCAAGCACUUGGAUGGUUCUGAUGAUAUGGAUAUCGAGCUCAGUGAACCUUACAUGGUUUUCAAGGGACUCACUGUUAAAGAUAUGGAAGAGCUUCGCGAUGAUAUCAAAAUGUAUCUGGAUUCAGAUCGGGCAACUCCAACACGCGUACAGUAUUGGGAGGCACUUAUUGUGGUUUGCGAUUGGGAGUUAGCUGAAGCUCGUAAAAGGGAUGCCUUGGGUCGAGCUAGAGUUAGAGGGGAGGAGCCUCCUGCUGAAUUGCUAGCUCAAGAGAGGGGACUACACGCUGGUGUUGAAGCUGACGUGAGGAAACUUCUUGAUGGGAAGACUCACUCGGAGCUUCUAGAACUGCAGUUGGACAUUGAGUCCCAGCUGCGUUCUGGGUCAGCCAAAGUAGUAGAGUAUUGGGAAGCGGUUCUAAAACGCCUCGAUAUAUACAAGGCAAAGGCUUGCUUGAAGGAAAUACACGCUGAGAUGCUGAGGAGACAUCUACAUCGCCUGGAGCAACUUUCAGAGGGUGAAGAAGAUGUAGAAGUUAACCAUCAUCGCUUAGCACCUGUGAUGGAAGAAGACGAGGAGGAGAUGAACGAUAGAAAUCUUUCAGAUGCUGAAGAAGCAUUCUCUCCGGAGCCUAUUAUGGAAGAGGAGGAGGAAGAAGAAGCUGAUGUGGAAGCAGAAGCGGCUGGUUCGUUUUCGCCAGAGCUCAUGCACGGUGAUGAUCGUGAAGAAGCAAUCGACCCCGAGGAAGACAAGAAGCUACUGGAAAUGAAGCGGAUGGUUGUGAUGGAGAAACAGAAGAAGCGGAUCAAAGAAGCUAUGGACUCUAAACCAGCACCUGCGGAAGAUAACUUUAAGGUUAAAGCAAUGAAAGCAAUGGGAGCAAUGGAGGAAGGUGAUGCUGUGUUUGGCUCUAAUGCUGAAGUGAACCUUGAUUCUGAGGUAUACUGGUGGCAUGACAAGUACCGGCCAAGAAAACCGAAGUAUUUCAACAGAGUUCACACGGGUUACGAGUGGAACAAGUAUAACCAAACGCACUAUGAUCACGACAACCCGCCUCCAAAGAUCGUUCAAGGGUACAAGUUUAACAUCUUCUACCCGGAUUUGGUGGAUAAGAUCAAGGCUCCCACUUACACUAUAGAAAAAGAUGGGACAAGCGCUGAAACUUGUAUGAUCCGGUUCCAUGCUGGUCCACCUUAUGAAGACAUUGCGUUCCGUAUUGUGAAUAAAGAAUGGGAGUAUUCUCACAAGAAGGGUUUCAAAUGCACGUUUGAGCGUGGGAUUCUGCACUUGUACAUCAACUUUAAACGACAUCGUUACAGGCGAUAAACUCAUCGGAGUUUGGACGGAGACUACUACGAAGUUGGCAGUUGUAAUACUUUGGCAGGUGUUUUGUUUGUAACAAAAGGGCGAUACAUAGUAUUAUGUUGGACUGUUUUUCAUUAAAAUCAUUAUCAAACAUAACAGAGUAGACAUCAGUUUUGCCAAUGUGACGAGUUCAAAAACUUAAA